GCGUUGCCUUGCCUUGAGCAGAGGAGGCGGGGGUCUCUGGGACGCCCCACCCUGGGCCGGCUUCUUGCCUGUGGCGCCUAGCUCGGUGCCAGGCCCUCGUCCUGCCAUAUAUGCAACUAGGAGGGCGAGGAUGGGCUGAGCUGGAUCUAAGUGCCGCAAAGUGUCACCAGGGGUGACUGCCAGGGACUGCGGGGAGAGCCAACUCCCCCUUUCAGCUGCUCCCAGAUGUCAUUCUGCCCGCCCAGGUGCCUGGUUCCUGAACUCCAGAGGAUUCCACAGUUACUAAGCUACUGGUUUUUGUUGACUUUUAAAUAUUUUCUUCUAAGAGAGAGGAGGAGGAGGGCAAAAGUCAGACAAGAACAAAUAAGAAGGAAUCGAAAUAAGCUGGCCCUUCCCGAAAGAGAGCAGCUAGGUACCCUUAAACCACAAGCAAACAGAAGGCCUCUAGACCCAACCGCCUUGGGGGAGCCACAGUCUGACUGUGCUGAGCAGCCUCAGCCAGGCCCCACCCUCCGCUCCCUCCCUGGUGAAUGAGGGGCGGUGGUAUAUGGCCCUCUGUCUCUGCGUCCUGGGUGGACCAAGGGGCUUCUGGAGAGAAAGGACAAAGAUGGCCAGUGGGAAUGGGUUGCCUUCCUCCUUGGCCCUGGUGGCCAAGCGCCCCUCAGCCCUGGGCCCAUUCCCCCGAUACAUCUGGAUCCACCAGGACACACCCCAAGACAGCCUGGAUAAGGCUUGCCAUGAUAUCUGGAAGAGAGUUCAGGGCCUUUCUGAGACGUUGCAGGCCAGAACCUCGGCAGAGCAGCUCUCUGCCACUCCAGCUGAGACUCCGGAAGACUACAGGCUCAGCCUCCAGGACGAAGCUCUGGAGCUCAUCAGUGACAAAGAUGAGAUCUCCCUGUUGGUGGAGCAGGAGUUCCUAAGCCUCACCAAAGAGCACUUUAUCCCGGUCCAGGAGGGCUCGGGAGAACUGGAUAUAUCUGGCUGCUGCCCUGAGGAGCCCAAGGAACCAGCUACCUGCGCCUCAGCACCUCCUCUGGUGGCAGGCAGCUGUGAGCACCCAGAAGCCACUGUCAGUGCCACCGACGAGCUGGUGCAUCAGAAGGCAGCUGUGCCUGUCAUUGGGGCCCUGCAGGACUGUGAUUCCACCAUGUCCACAGUCACUGACACCCAACCUGCCACCAAGCUCAAGAGUGCCACAGAGGCAGAGAAUGGGGGCCACAGCCUGGGGGCCUCCAACUCGAAGAUCAGCAAACUCCUGGCUCAAUUUCCACCGAAAUCCAAAGAGACGUCCAAGACCCCUGACAACAAGACGGUCCUGGAGGAGACCAAGGUCAUCAAGGACUUCUUGCAGAACAGCAUAUUCAGCGGCUCUGAGCCCAAUGAGACCCCGGGGCUGGGCUCCUUUUUGCUGUUGCCACCUACGCCUCCUCUCAAGACCUCUGACAAACUCCCUGAGCUCCCUGCUCAUAAGAAGCAGCUUCCGGUGUUUGCCAAGAUCUGCUCCAAGCCUGAGACUGACCCUGAAGAGCACCCGUUGCUGCAGGAACAGAACUCUGGCAACAAAGAUUCAACCAAGUGUCGAGACAACUUCUUUGUUAGCCUGUGGCCCCAGAAUCGGAAGGAUACCUGUGGUGAGGAGGGUUGCAAUGACCCAGUGGGUACCCCAUCCAUGACUGUGCCAUCCAAGAAGCCUGUAUGGCCCGCUGAGAAGAAUCUGCUCUCUGAGUUCCUUGGAGCUACCAAAAACCCAAGUGGGCAGCUGAAGUUUCGCAACAAAGUGGAUGUGGAGGGACUGGACCCAAAACUUAAUCCAUCUGUCACAGCUGCUGACAAGAACAUCAAGUACACAGGGAACGUUUUCAACCCUCGUUUUGCCACAGCUUUGACCUCAGCAAAUCUGAACCAGCCACUCUGGCUCAACCUGAACUAUCCGCCUGCACCUGUGUACCCCAAUCACUCAGCUUUCCCACAGUAUCAGGGCCUGUACCCACCGCGGGCUACAAGGAUGCCGUACCAACAGGCAGUGCACCCUCAGCUGGGUUGUUACCCCCGGCAGGUAACGCCGUACAACCCACAGCAGAUGGGACAGCAGAUUUUCCGCUCUUCCUGCCCUCCACUGCUGAGCUACGUCCCCUUUGUCCAGCCCAACUACCCGUAUCCCCAGAGGACACCUCCAAAGCUGUCCAGCAAUCCACGAGACCCUUCCCCCAUGGCAGGAGAUGGGCCACAGAUCCUCCUCCCCCAGGUGUAUGGGUUCGGCUCAACGUCUGGCGGGCCCCUGAUGAAUAGCCCCUAUUUUUCUUCCAGUGGGAAUGGCAUCAAUUUUUAGUUUCUCUUAUUUCUCUCUCCUCCUCCCUUAGCCCUUGGACUGGGGCUAAGGACUCUGGAAUCCUGGAUUCUGCAACAGCUUGGUAUGAAGUUUGAAAGGCCAAGGUUCUGACCAGGUCACAGCAGAAAGCAGCAAGACCGGAUCCAUCAACACACCAACACAUGCACACAGCCUCUCUGACACCCAGCAUGAACCACAAGUGUGCACCCCUUUUCAUAUUCACUUGUUCAACCACAUAUGCUCUUGUAUUUAGCUAACCUGAGUGAUUUUUGUUUUUGUUUUUGUUGGUAAACGUAGAGGUAAGACAUUUAAUUUUAGGGCGUUUGUAUCUUAUGAUAAAAACAUGAGCUGUUUGA